UUACACGCACAGGAAGGCAGAGUCGAACAGCAGUAGACCUUUUCUACAAGUCCUUUUAGAACCUUGUCCUACAGCUGGGCGUUCGCUGACGGUGUUCAUGCUAGCUGACAGAAAGUGGCGCCUACGUGGCGACGACAGCCUGAAGCCAGCCGUAAAGGCCUAGUCAUGACGAGCAGCGUCGAACCGGAGCUGGCGACGCUCAGAGGACAUAAGGACACGGGGGAGACGAAGACAGACAAUGAGAAGUCCUUCACGACUCUCAGCACCAUCGCAAUUCAGGCUGGCCAAUCGCAGCUGGUCGUGUCUGUAGUCAAGAGCGGCUCACUGGUCCACCUUGAGCUGAUCCAGGUCCAGCCUGACCUCUGUGAGAUUGGCUCAAACGAGGAAGAAAACAGGACACUAAUGCAAGAACACGAGAAAUUGAUGAAGACAAUGAAGAAACACCAGCAAGAAGUUGUGGAGGCGCCAGGGGAGAUUGGAAGGAAGAGGAGGCAAGAAAAUCAGGAAGUGUACCAGGCUAUGGGGGCGUGUCUGAAUGAUGGCUGGUACAAUUUGCUCCGCGUCCUGGAGAGGCGACAGGAAGUGCUGACGCUGGCAGCAAAAUUCUAUCAGGCAGCGUCGCAGUUGUUGCUUAGAGUUGACAACGUUGAAGAGGCUCUGUUACGAGUGGACGUCGGGUCUGCUGAUGCUACACUCGCUUUGGAUGCCAUGAGGAGAGAUGUACUAAGAAGUUCUCUGAAGGUUCUGUUGAGCGGCGGCGAGCUUCUUCGUGAGCUCGAACUACUCCAGCGUACUGACAACCUCCGUGGGGCAUCAGUGAAUUCCAGACCCAGCCAGCAAGUGGUGGUGAGGGUGGAGUUCCUGCUGGAGUUUCUGCAAGACCGCAGGAGGACAAUGGAGGAGGUGCUCGGACAGCGACUCAGUCCACAGGAGCAUGACAUCACAGGCAGCUCAGAUAUAAGGCCUGAUUCCGGAUUUAAUGUAGAACAAAGUGGAAUGCAGAGAAACCUUUUGACUCUCGAAUGUGAAAGCAGUCGAGAUUCAAAACCUGGUUUUAGUCCUGAUCCAAAUAUUGAGUAUAGAUUCAACAUGAGGCUACCAUCUCAGUCAGAUAUAAAGUAUAAGGCUGAAGCAAGAGGAGCAAACCCUUAUCCAAAACCUGAAAUACAAUCCAAUACUGAAUCAAAAUCUGUUCUGAAUCUAGAGUCAUGUGACCCAAAUACUAAAUCCAGGUCACACCAGAAGCUUGCGUCAACAUUGGAUGAGACCAAAAACCACAUACCAGAUUUGUACAGAUCAGUUGUAAGUCCAAAAUCGGAACCAGGUGAUGUUAGAGACCAGAAGCAGGUACUAGAACCAAAGGUCUCGUCUCUUAUACAGCGACACCAGAAAGUCUUGGAAAAGGACAGUUUGACAUUUAUCAGUGGGAGGAUGCCAGACCUGCCAAAGUGUUUAGUAAACAGUGGGGAACAGAACAACAUGCACAGUGAUGCCCACCGCACUCUUCCAACUAAUCACAAUCAAUCACUGUUGCUGAUGUGUCAACAACUGCUCGACAAGGUGUCCAAAUGGGUGGAACAAAGUAGCCUAUUUUUGUCAAAGCAUCGGGAAAUAGGACCUCAGCUGUGGGAGGCAGAGGACCUUCUGGACCAACACCUUCUGUCGUGCACACAUGCUGAGUCUGCCGGUCAGAUCCUACAACGUCUGAAAGUUUCGUGUACAGGGUCCCAAAAUAUAAUUGAACUAGAAGCCCCCAAUGGACGUAUCUCUCAUUUGUCCCGCUUGAAGUCUUUGACCGAGCAGUUGAAAUGUGGAGACAGAACCAGGAAAGUCACCGAACUCCAGUUAGCUGCUCGGGUCUCCGCAGUCUUAGACGAGAUGAAAACGCUGAACAAGAUUGUUGAGUGUAACGUGCGUGUGCUACAAGGCUAUGUGUCCUUCCUCAAGGCGGCGCAGCAGCUGGAAGAAGACAUUAAGAUCCACAGGUGCACACUGCAGAGCAAGAAAGAGGGGGAAGAUAUUAUUAUCAAGGCCGGAACUUCCUGGUUGGAAACCAUGCAAAGGGUCGUCACAAUCCAGAAAGAGGCCAGCGAGUUCAUAAGCAACAUUGCCAAGGCAUCAACAUCAGGCUUCAACCUGCAGUCUGUGGUGACUGCGGUGCAGCAGUUGUCAGAGCGACUAAGCAAAAGUCAAAAGGAAGUCGCUGACCUGCAUAGUGAACUUGAAAUCAAUAACAGGCAAGAGGAAGAGGACACAAAGUCCUGCAGGAAGUACCAGGAGAGACUUUGUGAGGCUGUGCGGGACCUAAAGGAGGUCUUGAAGCUGUUGGACUCCUGCACUCAAGUGGAUCUGGGCUUCCACGAGCAGACCUUGAGGCUACAGCAGCAAUUUGGACUCGCUAAACCCUAUUUUGCUAGAUUGGACAAGCAGAACCAGAUCCUGCUGAAAAACUGGGAUGCCAUGACACCAGUCCAGAACCGCUUGCUGCAGGAAGUGUCAGAGCUACGUGUUCUGCGUGUCAAAGUAAAUGAGAAAAUCCAAAAGAGUCAGCACAUCUUGGACUUGAGCAACAACUUUCACCUGGUGGUCAAACAGCUGGAGAUGCUGCUACAGUUAGAUCCUGCUGGACUUUUACGCACUGCUUUGAGUACAUAUGAGGAGACAUGCCAGCAGAUUCAUCAAUUGCUGACAAAAGCUUUCUGGGUGAAAAAGGAAAUUGGUGAACUGAUCAGUGACAAUGUUCUAACCAAAUUCCGAGGAGAGCAGCUGGAUGUCGGCGCAGCAUCUCUAUACACUCAAAGUGCAUUGUGGCUAAGCAAAGUGUCUUCAAGCGACCACGCCCUCAUGCGUGACGUCCAGCAGAGUGAUAAAGAAGACACAAACAAGGAAGAGAAGAGUCAAAUGGACAACCUUAACAUACAGGACAUGAGCGAGCUUAAGGAGACAGGCCGCACCCCAGAAUUGACCGUUGAGCAGGAUGAGAAAGAAGUGACCUGUCUAACUGACACUAAUAUGAAACUCUCAUCACCGAAGAUGGAUAAUUCUCAGAGCAGGAGCCAGUCAGGUGGUAAGAAGAAGUAUGGUGCCUCCUCCCACUGUUCCACCCACACCUUCAGGAUGUCCUGUUCCCCAGUAGAGGUCGGACGCAAGGUCUACGUCAUCCACAGGCAACUUAACGCCACGUCCACUUUGAGUGCAUCAGUUCACGUUUGCCAGAGAGAUGUGGAGGAACCUGCAAGUGUCCCGUUGGUAACAGAACUCCAGCAGCAGGAUGUGGUGUCAGAGAGUUUUCUGUCCAGUGACGAGUAUGAGUGUGGCUCAUUUGACGAUAUUUCCCUCCCAUCAUUGGCAGAGACGCCAGAGUGCAUCAUUUUUCAGGACGAUGUUGAGGAACAUUGUUGUUUGAGCUCCCACAGUACCCAAAAUAAGUCCAAUAACCAAAAGGAGUGCAAGAACCAGCCGGAGAGACAAGAGACUGGACUUGCUACUGGUGAAGCCCAGCAACAUAAAGAGUCCACUGAGACAGAUAUUUAUUUUUCUGCCCUUGCUGGUCUUCACAGUGAUACAAGGGAGAUAUUAAUGUCCAGUCAUCUGUCUCUUGAUCCAUGUCAGCCAAUCAACGCAGAGAAUGAAAAGACAUGCAGAGCCACCAUUCAGCAGUCAGCAUUGGAAAAGAGCAGCUCUUCACAUAGUCAUCAUUUUAGUCAGAAUAAACCAGAUCAGAGAAGUCCAAAAAGUGAGGCUCAGCUCAUCCAAACGAUCUUUCCAAAAGCUGAUCUCAGUGGUCAAACUCCUAGCCUUUGUCCUACAACCUCUGAAAGUUCAGACAUUGAUCUCUACGAGAACAUGACACCUCAGGAAUGCAAAGAGAUCGCUCAAUCCUCAAGGACCUUCCCUCAGAACCCAUGUGGUGCACCACUCCGAGACUCCUUCGAAGCUGAGAAGGAAAAGACUACAGUUAUGAGCCCUGAUUCUUCAUCAAAAUGGAUCACAGUCAAGAACUCAAUUUACAACCUCAAAUCGUCCACAAGAAGCAUUUUUACUUCAUCUAAAGAUGAUGCCGUGCCACAGAUCGAUUCAGACCCUCGGAACUUUCUCCAAAACGAUACGAUUCUAUCCUUUGCUACUAGUCCACAAUCUUUUAAAACAAUGACAAAUGUAGUUCAGUCUCAAAUGCUUGUUAGCUGUUCCUCCAGCGAGUGUGAAAGAUUGUUUUCUCGGGAAGGACCAGAAGUUUUUGAGGCAACCAGACCUCCAGACUCACAAGACAGCGGUAGUACCAGCAGCAAGCAGUGCGUGGAUGCUUAUGGUAUGACCCCCAGAAGUUCCACACCCCCUGCUGUUGCUGAUCUGACAAGAGUAUUAACGCCAAAAGCUAGCCUACAUGCCACCCCUCAAUCCCAUGAAUUAACCCUUAAGGAAGAAAAGGAAUUUUGUGAGCCUGUGGCAAUCCGUGAGGAGAUCAAGAUUACUCCUCAAAUCGUAGGACCCCCCCUUCCUGCGCCAACCCAUUCCCAGACAGAGAUAGAGCCCCUCCAACAAGCCUCGGCGCCUAGUCCGCUCCAUUUAAGCAUACCACUGUCGAGAGCUGCUGUCAUGGGGGGUGUCCCUGUGAAUUUGGAGUUGGCGGUGACUGAACACCCAGAGCCCAAAGUCACCUGGUUUAAAGACGGCCGAAAAAGUGUAGCCGACCACAAGAAAGAUGGCAAAGAGGUUGAAGAUCGCUGGCUGCUGGUUGCAGUUGUUGACAUCAUCAGUGGGGAGAUGACCAGCUGCUUUGGAACCUUCUGUAUUCUUCUCUGGCUCCUCCUCCUACUACUACUACUUCUGUGACACUAAAACACUUCCUCUCCUUUUUCCUUGUCUUCUUCAUCCUCUUCUAUUUCCUCUUUUACACUUUCCUUAGGUCAAGUAAUUUGUACCUGUAGGUAGAUUUGUUUCUCUUCUUCCAGUCCGUAUUCCUCAUUUCUUCCUCUUUGUCUUUCCCUUUCUUUUCUGCUUCCUCUUUGUUUUCUUCUAAAUCCUUUACCUAUUCAUCUUCUUCCUGGCCACUACUAAAGCCAAUUGAGCUGAUGCUUUGUCUUUCCUGAUGAACAGCACCAUCUAGUGGACGCGCUCAUGAAAUGGAUUUGUUGUUCUCUAAAAUAGUCUUGCCAUGUUGUUGAGGAAAGUAAAGAAAAUGUUUAGUGUCCAAAUGUAUAUAUAUAUGUUGGUCUGAAAAUAAAAAGCAGAUUUGGAUUGAU